CCGGUCGCUGCCGUGAGGAGCGAAGGAUCAGCGAGUGAUGUGGAUGGAGCCCGGGGACAGACGGCAGCCGGUGAGCGACUUGUGUUUACUGAAGAAUUGAGGUUUUUUCCAAAUGAAAUCUAUUUAAUACAUUCAAUAAUGUAAUGUCGACAUUGCUCCUGGUCCCAGCACUCGUAGCAACACAGUGACUUUGAGACACAGUCUAGGCUAAGCACCUGAAGUUUGCAUCAUGAAUACUGCGGCUCCGUGGAACAAAGAUAAACCCAACGCUGUGACUCGUGACGAGGCCAGAUAUUACCUCGUUGCUCAGGAAUGCACCGCAUUUGAAAAACCCACCCUAUCAUUAGUCAGACUAGUGAAGGGGACCAUGGUGUUGCUUUGCGAACGAGGUUCUCAGCUGCCGAACAUUCACGGUAACAAGAUCAAAAGGGGGUCGGUUAUUGUGCAGUGCUUGGAAGACCCGUACACAAUCAUGCUCAUGGACGAGAAGGAAUUGCAGGAAGUUGAGCCACGCAUUGCUGAACUGCUGGUUGCUGUUUCAACCAGUGAGGAGAGGUACGUUCUGUCCAAAAACAAAGCAAGGUUGCAGAAAGCUCUCCAGAUUAAUUGUGGAUCGAACGUCAAUGUUCAGUUGCGACCCGGUGAAGAAAAAAUACCUGGAAUCGUACGGUUUAAGGGACCGCUGCUGCAGAGUAUGUUGCUGUGUGAAACGUGUUUUGGAGUGGAGUUAUUGGAAGAAGGCCGGGGUCAAGGCUACACUGAUGGCUCGUACAAAGAAAAACAAUUGUUUGAGUGCGAUGAAGACUGUGGGGUUUUUCUCCCCUUUGACAAACUGGAGCUUGUGGAAGAGGAAAGUGGCAUGGAACACGAAACUGCGAUCUCCGAGAGGUUUUGUUACAGUGAAAAAUCUGCCUUGCCGAUCAACUCCAGGGUGGGUACAUUGAUCGAGGAUGAGUUCAUGCUUGGCACAGUCGUAUUCUGUGGUCUCCUGCCAGGAAAAGAAGACUACGGCUACUUUUUAGGCGUUCACAUGGACAAUGGCUUCUGUGAUUGGGAUGGCAUGUGGAAAGGGAAAGUAUUAUGCAGAUAUUUGCAAGCGUUGACUCUUCGUUGGAUUGAAGAUGUCAUGCCAGAUAAUUCAGAAUCAAGACCUUUCAAACAAUGUUUUGAAUCGAGAGCGUGCAAUGAAAAAAUCUCUUCAAAUAUAACUACCAGAUCAAAGAAUAAAGGGCUUGUUUCACAACCGGGGAAAUCUCCAGCCCAUAAUCUGAGCCGGUCAGAGUUACGCUGCACGCUAAAUGGCACAUCGGUUGAUGCACAAACAAAAUCCAAAAGUACAUGGUAUAUCGAUGAAGGUGAAGAUUCAGCAAAAUCACUAGUGGAUACGCAGCCAAACUUGAGUCCGUCGCCACCCACAUCAUCGCUUCAAGCCUCGCUUUCAAAUGAAAAUAAAUUUCAUUCCUUGCCCUUCAGCCUCACCAAGAAGCCAAGUGUAAAUGGAAGCAUUGGCCAUCCCCUCUCCUUGUCUGUUCAGUCAGUAAUGAUGGACAUGAAUGCAAGUCAAGGUGCAAGUCAAGAUACUGAAGUCGUUAGAGCGCCGUUCAAAGAACAGCCCGGCUUGGAGGAGGGCUCGUUGGUACAAGUAAAGGAAAAUCCCCCUCUGUAUGGAGUGAUUCGCUGGAUCGGUCAGCCUCUUGGAGUUAAUGAGCAGAUUGCUGGACUUGAACUUGAAGAGGAAAGUGCAGGCUGCACAGACGGCACCUUCAAAGGAGUGCGGUACUUUGCAUGUGCUUCAAAGAAGGCGUUAUUUGUCAAGCUUAAAAGCUGCCGACCUGACUCAAGAUUUGCAUCGUUGCCUCAUCACUCCAAUCAAAUUGAAAGAUGCAAUUCAAUUGCAUUUGGUGGAUACCGAAGUGAAGUGGUUAAAGAAAACACUCCUCCAAAGAUGGAGAAGGAAGGUUUAGCCAUAAUGGUUGGAAAGAAAAAGGGCAUUCAAGGGCAUUACAAUUCUUGUUAUUUAGACUCCACUUUGUUCUGUAUGUUUGCUUUUAGUUCGGUAUUGGAUACUGUACUGCUUAGGCCUAAAGAAAAGGAUGAUGUUGAAUUUUACACUGAAACUCAAGAUCUGCUGAGGACAGAAAUAGUCAAUCCUUUAAGAAAUCAUGGCUAUGUAUCUGCUACUAAAAUAAUGAAGCUUCGAAGGAUUCUUGAAAAGGUUGAGGCAGCUUCAGGAUUUACCUCAGAAGAGAAAGAUCCUGAAGAAUUUCUCAACAUCCUGUUUCAUCAUAUAUUGAAAGUCGAGCCUUUGUUAAAAAUCAGAUCGGCAGGGCAAAAAGUACAAGACUGUUUCUUUUACCAAAUAUUCAUGGAUAAAAACGAAGAUGUCGGUGUUCCUACAAUUCAGCAGUUGCUUGAGUGGUCGUUUAUUACCAGUGAUCUUAAAUUUGCUGAGGCGCCUUCAUGUCUCAUAGUUCAGAUGCCACGAUUUGGUAAAGAUUUCAAGAUGUUUAAGAAGAUAUUUCCAACUUUGGAAUUGGAUAUCACUGAUUUAUUAGAAGACACUCCGCGAGACUGUCGAAUCUGUGGAGGUCUUGCACUUUAUGAAUGCAAAGAAUGUUAUAAUGACAUUGAUAUAACUGCUGGAAAAAUUAAGCAAUUCUGCAAAGCUUGCACAACCCAGGUACAUCUCCAUCCAAAGAGACAAGGACACGAGCAGAGGAAAGUGACUCUGCCGGAGCAGAUGGCAGACUACUCCUGGAGGCAGUGCUGCAUGCCCAGGCAGAAGAUGAAACUGUUUGCAGUGCUCUGCAUAGAAACCAGUCACUAUGUGGCUUUCGUCAAAUAUGGCCCAGAUGACUCGGCUUGGUUGUUUUUUGACAGCAUGGCUGACCGGGACGGUGGGCAGAAUGGUUACAAUAUCCCUCAGGUGAUUCAGUGCCCUGAGAUAGGGGAGUACUUGAAAAUGUCACCAGAAAAGCUGCACGGAUUGGAUCCGAAAAGCAUCCAAGGGUUUGCGAGGAGGCUGCUUUGCGAUGCGUACAUGUGCAUGUACCAAAGUCCGGCGAUGAGUUUGUACAAAUAGUCUGCCAACCUUUUAAGUCUUGGAAGCAAACCCAUCAUCUAAUUUAUUAUGUUUAAAGAAUGUUUGAGUUGCAUAAAAUAAAGUGGGAGCAUGGCAAUAACUUUUCACUGUAGAGUAUGUCUGCCAUUUCUUAAAAUGUCCACCAGCUGAACGUAAAAGUAGGAGUUCUUUUAAAGACAAAGUGACAAUGUGUAAAUAAUUUUAUUUCAUUUUAGUUUUGGAAAUGUCUCUGGAUACUAACCUGUUAAUGAAUCCCACUCAUUUAUUGCUCUGUAACAUCUACCGUUGGAAACACUUUUAUCACCCACAUGUCAUUUGGAAUAGUGUUAGCUGCUUGUGUCAUUGAAAUGCUGACCUUGCCUGUUGUCUAUGUGGCAAAUGUCGCUCGGUAUGAAUCUUGCAUUUCAGCAAAUGCGUUCACUUUACUGCCAGACUGACGGCUUGAUUUUGUUUCACUCCCAAGAGCUUUUCUUUUGUCUCAUUUGAAUCUCCUUUGUUUCCUGAUUCUUCCCGUUUUAUGAAUUUCUGAAUUAUUUUUUUUGGCCCUUAAAAAUAUUAUAUAUCCAGAAAACUUGAUAAAACUGCAAAUGUGCUUUGUUUGAAAGUU